GGCUCCGCGGCCGGGCCGAGGCGGUGCCGCUCCGCCCGCGGCGGGGGCGCCUGGCGCGCUGCCCGCCCAGCCCAGCCCAGCCCUGCCCUGCCCUGCCCUGCCCAGCCCGCUCCGCAUGAGGCGGUGAGGGAGCCAGGUCGGGAGGCAGGUCUCGCCGCGCCGCCGGCAUGUCCGCGCCCUGCUGCGCCGGCCAGUUGGCCUGCUGCUGCGGCACUGCUGCUUGUACAUUGUGCUGCAAAUGCUGCCCCAAGAUAAAACAGUCAACCAGCACCCGCUUCAUGUAUGCGCUUUACUUCAUCCUGGUGACUAUCAUCUGUUGUAUCAUGAUGUCAACAACAGUAGCUAAUGAAAUGAAAACGCACAUUCCCUUCUACAAGGAGAUGUGCAAGGGUAUUCAAGCGGGUGAGAUGUGUGAGAAGCUGGUGGGAUACUCUGCAGUGUACAAAGUCUGCUUUGGAAUGGCCUGUUUCUUCUUCUUGUUCUUCUUGUUCACCAUCAAAAUUGACAGCAGCAAAAGCUGCCGGGCAUACAUUCAUAAUGGAUUCUGGCUUAUUAAACUUAUACUUCUGGCAGCAAUGUGCUCAGGAGCCUUCUUCAUUCCUGAUCAGGACACUUUCCUCAAUGCCUGGCGCUACGUAGGAGCAACAGGAGGUUUCCUUUUCAUUGCCAUUCAGCUCAUCCUGCUUGUUGAGUUCGCACACAAAUGGAAUAAAAAUUGGACUGCAGGUGCAAACCACAAGCAGAUGUGGAAUGGUUUGCUUGCCCUGGUCACUCUGAUCUUGUACUCCAUUGCUGUGGCAGCCCUGGUCCUCAUGGCUCUUUUCUACACGCGCUCAGAGGGCUGCAUGUACAACAAGGUCCUGAUCGGUGUUAACGGUGGCCUUUGCCUCUUCGUGUCACUCAUGGCCAUAUCUCCCUGUGUCCAGAAUCGCCAGCCCCAUUCUGGUUUGCUGCAGUCAGGAGUUAUCAGCUGCUAUGUCAUGUACCUCACUUUCUCAGCACUUUCCAGCAAGCCUCCAGAAACUAUCCUGGAUGAAAACAAUCAGAACAUCACGAUCUGUGUACCUGAAUUUAGUCAAGGUCUGCACAGAGAUGAAAACUUGGUUACUGGCCUGGGCACUACCAUUUUGUUUGGCUGCAUUUUAUAUUCUUGUUUGACCUCAACAACACGUGCGAGCUCAGAGGCACUGAAAGGAAUAUAUGCAGCACCUGAAACUGAAGUAGCUCGUUGCUGCUUUUGCUGCGUGCCUGAUGGAGAUGCUGAUGCUGAAGAGCAUGUUGAAAAAAGGGGAGGCCAGACGGUGAUUUAUGAUGAGAAGAAAGGCACAGUUUACAGUUACGCCUUCUUCCACUUCGUUUUCUUCUUGGCGUCGCUUUAUGUGAUGAUGACAGUAACUCACUGGUUCCAUUAUGAAAGUGCUGAGAUUGAAAAAUUCUUCACCGGAACCUGGUCCAUCUUCUGGAUUAAGAUGGUCUCCUGUUGGGUUUGUGUCUGCCUGUACUUGUGGACUCUUACUGCUCCACUCUGCUGCCCAACCAGAGAGUUCUCAGUGUGAAUGCUCUGAAGGUCCUUCUGUGUUUUGUGGGUUUUUUCCCCCCGUUAUAGAAAAAACACAAGAGUAAUUUUGUAGUGAGGAAUUGCCGGUUGCCCUCUUACUGUAAUAUACCAAUCACUAACUUUUUAGUCAGGCUAAAAAAAAUUAUGGAAAACUUUUUUACCUUUUUUAAUUGUCAAAACCAGGUAUUGCCCAAGAGAACAAAUCAAUUCCAAAACUUUGUGACAUUGAUGUGAAUUGUAGGUAACACAGUUGUUGCCUAAACUGCAAUAAGUGAAAUGUUUUCAAAUAACUGACAGUCUUUCUCUGGCUUCAUUGGCAAGAAAAGAAAAAAAUCCUGGUGCAGAUGUAUCUUCUUCCUUCCUGUGAAUCUUGGAUAUCUUCUAGCAAGUAUGCAUUCCUUUUUAUACUCUGAUAUCUUUUCUGGUUUGCAGUGAUGAUUUGAACUGCUGUUUUGUACAGCAUACAAUUCUUGUAAGUAGUAUUGAGAUAAUUUUUUUUCAAAAAUAAUAACUAAAUACAUCUGUAGAAGUAGAGAGUAUCUAAGAAUUUGACUGCCAAAGCUUCUACUAAAAAUUGUUUAUCUAAAUAUUAAAUAUAUUAAGUUAUUGUAUACCUAGAUUGAGAAAGGAAUGUACCAAUUAUAAAAGAGUAUUUAUUCUAUUAUAACUAUAAAAGGCACCUGAAUAUUUUACACAGUUUCAAAUCUGGUCCAGCUGUUAACAAAAGGAGAGUUCUACACACAAAUCCUUAAACUCUGAAUUUUGGCCAGCUUUGUUUUGCCAACUCACUUAAACUGCAAGUUGUGUGUACUGCACAGGGGUUUAAAAUACAGUACAUUCUUUAUACAGAAUGUUUGUUGAGAACAUGCUAAUUAAGAAGCACUGCCAGUUUCUUGUAAAUUUAAAAGUGGAGUGCUCAUUAACUUUUCUACUCUGCUGUUACAAGUUGUGUCUAAAGAUCUCCCAGAAUCUUCAGUUCUGUUUCUGUUACUAAUUUUAUAGUAUUUUGAAUACAUGGAUGGUCAGAAAAGGAUAGUAGUGUGUCAUCUUCCUUUUCUGCCCAUGUGUUGGUUGGAAAGUAUUCUUUCUAACUGCUGUAUUUUUAUACUCCUCUGUUGUUGUUACACUUGCACUGUUGGGAUGGGACUUGACCAACCAGUCCAUUAAUGGAAACUAAACUUCUGGAGAACUCCUAUUCCAAGCAGUGGGAUAAGCAGCCAGAAAAACAAAACCAGAAGACACAAAUGUGUCUUCACAAACAGUAGCUGCCCUAGUACCGGAGACUGACUUGACAAUAUUAAAUCCUGCCAUGUCUCUUUUAUUUGCUUUAGGCAGAUAAUUUGGUGGUAGAACAACUGCUUGAAUGCUGUAAAUACUGAAUUAGGUUGAACCCACUAUAGUUAUCUACAUUCUAGGGGGAUAAAUUUAUGACUUACGCUAGUCCCAGAGGUUUUGUCUUCUCUCUCUCUAUAUAUAUAUAUAUAUACACACAAAUAUAUACAAUGUGAAAUAUGCAGGAUAUAAACAAUACCAACAGAUUUAGCAGUUCUGUUUUUGAAAUACGAUUGAGCCUUAAAUCUUCACACAAUGCUUUCUGCAAAACAAAGAAAAGCACAACAUAUAAGCCAAUGAGAUGGCCAAAAUAUUUGCAUGCCUUAUUUGUUCUGUUGCAAUAACUGAUGGCUAAUGCACACCUGGUGAUUAAUCCUAGUGUUACAGAUCUCAGUUCUGCUCUUGUUUUCAAUACCAUUUUUUUCUGCCUUGUUGCUAUGGUAUCCUAGGGCUUCCCUCCUGCUUUGAGCUUGCUAGGGGUGUGACCUUCUCAAGCCUGUGCACUCUUACCUCAAACAAAAUCUGUCAGUCUGACCUUGCUGCCAGGAAACAUUUUAGAGCAGAUCAUUUGGAAUGCCAACAUGAAGCAAGUGCAGGACAAACAGGUGAUCAGGCCCAUCCAGCAUGGGUUAAUGAAAGACAGGUCCUGCUUGACCAACCUGAUCUCCUUCUAGGACAAGAUGACUUGCUUAGCAGAUGAAGUAAAAGCUGUGGAUAAGUAAAAGCUGUGGAUGUUGUCUACCUAGGCUUUAGUAAAAAAACAGCAUUUCCCACAGGAUUCUCCUGGAGAAACUGGCUGCUCAUGGCUUGGAUAGGUACACUCUUUGCUUGGUAAAAAAACUGGCUGGAUGUCUGGGCCCAAAGAGUUGUGGUGAAUGGAGUUAAAUCCAGUUGGUGGGCAGUCACCAGUGGUGCUGCUCAGGGCUCAGUUCUGGGGGCAGUUCUGUUUAGUAUCUUCAUCAGUGAUCUGGACAAGGUGAUCAAGUGCACCCUCUAUGAGUUUGUAGAUGAGACCAAGCUGGGUUGAAGUGCUGAUCUGCUUUGAGGGUAGGAAGGCUCUACAGAGGGACCUGGACAGGCUGGCUUGAUGGCCCAAGGCCAGUUUUAUGAGGUUCAAAAAGGCCAAGUGUUGGGCUCUGGACUUGGGUCACAACAGCCCCAGGCAACACUACAGGCUUGGGGAGGAGUGGCUGGAAAACUACUUGGCAAAAGGCCUGGGGGGGUGCUGCUAGUUGACAGUGGCUGAACAUGAGCCAGCAGUGUGCCCAGGUAGCCAAGAAGGCCAACAGCAUCCUGGUUUGUGUCAGAAAUAGUGUGGCCAGCAGUACUAGGGAAGUGAACAUCCCUCAGGACUCUGCACUAGAGAGGCUGCACCUCGAGUACUGUGUUCCAUUCUGGGCCCCUCACUACGGGAAGAUCAUUGAGGUGCUGGAGUGUGUCCAAAGCAGGGCAACAAAGCUGCUGAAACACAGGUCUUACAAGGAGUAGCUGAAGGAAAUGAGGGAACUGGAGGUGUUUAGUUUGGAGAAAAGGAGCCUGAGGAGAGACAUUAUUGGUCACUACAACUACCUGAAAGGAGGCUGUAGUAGGGCGGGGGUCAGUCUCUUUUACCAGGUAGCAAGCUUUGGCACAAGAGAAAAUGGCCACAAGUUGUGCUCAGGGGAGGUUUUGAUUGGAUAGUAGGAAAAAUUUCUCUACUUGAAAGGGUUGUCAGGCAUUGGAACAGGCUACCUGGGAAAAAGGUUGGGUGACUAUCCCUGCAGGUAUUUAAAAGAUGUGAUACUUAGGGACAUGGCUUAGUGGUGGGUUUGGCAACGUGCUCGGUGAAUAUUUGAUUCCAUGAAAUCUACAGGUUUACAGUCCACUUAACACCAGUCUACUUAACACCACCUACCACAGUGAUUAGGAACCUCAUAAUGAGAUCUGCGGGAAGGAGGAGUCUGUCCAGAGGUGACUCUCUUGCUGUUCUCUUUGUUUGCACCUAAGGGAAAAGAAAAGCAGCUGAAGCUUAGCUUUGGCAUUGAGUUAGAAAAGGAACAAAUAGCUUUGAAGAGGGAGACAGAUAUUUUUCACCCCUUUUGCUUCUGCUGGGGUGUUCUGAUCUCACUGAGAGCUUUGCUAGCAUGGGAGCCCAUCAAUACUCUGCCUGCAUUUGGAGUCCAGCAGAAAAAGGCCUUUGUUAAUGUAUUUGCAGUCUAGAAGCCUCUAUCUGUCCCAUCUCUAAGAUAAGAGCUUAUGGGCUGUGCAAUGAUUACUAACAGUUGUCCCAUCUAACAUGUAGCAGCUAUUCUGACAAACAGUCUUGAUCCAGUGCUGGAGCUGUGAACUGUGGGCUGCAGCUGAGACAGUCCAGGCUCUUUCCCCUCCCAUAGUGAAUGCAGUUCCCUAAAGUAUAGGGGCACACAGGAGUUGCCUUCUAGUGCCAUAUGUCUUGUGCUAUCACAAACCAAGCAUUUAAAAUAAAUUUUUAAAUUAGCAGUGUUUUUUAUAACAGAACAAAAUGGGCAAGGAGCUCUGCAAAAGAAGGUGUGCACUAUGUCAAAUUAUAAGCCAGGGAAUGGUAACUGUUCUCUGGUUCUGAUGGCAGGCAUCCCAGUCACAAAAACAGAUAAUCUUCCUACAUAUCUUGACUUGUGGAUUCUCUUACUUGUUUAUGAAAACUCUUUAUGGAGGCUGUGUCUGCAUACGUACGGGCUUCCUGCACCUCCUUGUGCUAUUUUUUUUUUUAUAGUUAGUAUUUAAGGAAAUGGGUUUCGCACAGAGGAAGCAGGGUUGUAAGAGGAAAGUCCACACUAAGGCAUGAGUCCAUGUUUCUUUCAUAGCGCUUGCCUCAUUGAGCUGAUCCUUCAUCCUUCCCUUCUACUAACUAUUGACCUUCAGCAUCCAGAUCUGCAGAUGUCUGUAAGGUGGGAAUGGGACAGUGCCUGACUAUACUGCUUUAUGUGAUUCUGAGCAAACACUGUGGGAAAAGACCCUGAAAAUACCUUUGAGGACCUGUGUCCCCAUACUGUGGCCCCAAGACAGCUAUGCAUCUCCAGGCCUUUCUAAGGAAUCAGUAACUGGUGGCACCUGGGUGUGCAAAGCCUCUGGUUUCUCAGUGAGGCUCAGCUUCCUGCUGGCCAGGCAAAUGUUACAGCCUUAGUGUUUGUUGUAAAAUCUGUACUGUAAACUUCCACAUGCAACAACUUAACAAAAUCCUUGGCUAGGGUCGAGGAUUCAAAUGCCCAGUUCAUAGAUUCCAAACAGUUAAUGCAAAAGGGCUUUUAAGACCUUUUCAAGAAGUGCCUUCUUACCUACUGCUGUGAUAGCUAAUAAUUUGGGUGGCACUGGAACAGGAAAACUGGGGCUGAGCCUGUGACUGCCUUGUACGUUACACCAGUGUGUACAAGACACAGUCUGACCCAUGAUGCAUGUGGAAGACCAAACAGUCUGUGCUUGACAAACCUCUGGGAAUGAGACUGAUUCAGAUACUACUGUGCAGUGGAAGAUGAACUGGGAAGACUCACAAACAGCCUGAUGCUGUUGUAAAUAAAUGAGUAGUUGUUGCUUACAUUUAACCUAUAAACAGUUACCUUUCUCUUCCCAUACCUGAAAGUGCAGGUAACUGCUCUUCUGAAGGCAGUUAGCUGUGCAGUAUCUAUCCUGCCUGGUGCGGUCAUUGUUCACAGAAUUUGUUCCCAGACACAAGUGAGCAGUGCAGCAUUUCUGGCCUCUAGUAUUUCUGGACUGUGUGAAGUGAGGAAGCUGUUGUUACAAAGACAGGAAGACUAGAUAACAUGUCCCAUGCUAUACUUCCUCUAGUUAAACUUGAAUUUGAACUAAUGUAAUAGUUUAAUGGACUCUUGGAGGAACAGACCAUGUUGCUGCUGAGAAGGUGGAACAAUUUUAUUGGCCUUUUCCUACUUUUUUCUAAUUUGCUAUCCUAAGAAAUGUUACUUGGAAUCUCACUUCUGCACUGCUGCCUGAGACUGGAACAAUUUCAGUUUUUCUCACGAACGCAACCAAGAGCCACAAUUGUGACCGGUUCUUUUUUGGGAUAAAAUAAGUUGAAUGGACUUGGAGAGCAAGUCUCUGAAUCCUGAUAGCUGGACUAAUGAAUGAAACCAUCAAACCUUAUGAAGAAUAUGUGGAAAGCAGAUGGAUAUGCUUGUGUGCUGUUUACCAUCUAGGUCCUCAAAGCGUGUAGGCGGCCCUUGCAGCUGGAUGCCAAGGAAGGAACUCCACAGUGUCCACACAUCAGAGUUGUUAUGUAUUUGUGAUACUCUUAGCUUUGUACUUCAGGCAUUUCCAUGAGGUUCGAAAUGGUCAUACUUGCCCAGCUAAUCUUGUAAAUGCUGCCUGAGUUGGGCCACUUUUGUCUGAAACGGGUAAUUCAAUGUUACUAAUGUGUGCGUAGUCCAGAGAGAGGGAUAUCCCCUCCCAGAAUCACAAAUACUGCAUGUCUAUUUAUUUAUUUAUUUUGUGUUGUAGCACCUUUUUACAAAUCUAGAAGCUUUAUGAUUAUAGUGAUGCAUGGAUAACUGCUUCAUCAGCCACUGGUGCAGCCUUUUCUGGGCUAGAACAUUACUAUUAAUGAAGCAACCGUUGCACUUGUGAAAAAUAUGUUUCCAACCAAUGCAUCAGUAAAAUGUGGGAACUCAAGAUAGUGCUGCUUGAAUAUUGGCUAGAAGCCCACAGCAACAUGGGCAUUUCCAAGCAGACUGGUAACAAAAUAAUGCAGUGACUGUUUUUAAAACAGGCUCUAAAGAUUUUAUGCUACAAACUGUUAGGCUUUUCUCCUAAAUAAGUUGAUGAAGAGGAAUACCAUAAGGUUGUACCUGUGUGGCUAGGUGAGUGAGAUUAUCUACAGUUAAAACUUUGCUCUUUCCUUCUGUGCUGUAGAAGCAUUGUCUUUUGCUUGCAGGCUUUAUAUCCUUGUUUUAUUUGCCCUUUCCUCAUUGGAUUUGUUUUUUAAAGGCAGUGUAUACCUGCUUCAUUCCCAUUCUGCUUCCUGUCAAGUGUGAUAGCUUUGGUGCUAGAAACCAGGAAAGACUUAUUUGCCAAGUCUUGUUAACCCUUUCCUUUUUAUAGCAGGACAACCUACUGUGUUGAAGCAUAGUCAAGGAUCAUAGUUUAUUAUAUGGAUCUGUUUUCCUCUAAGAAAACUGCUUCUUUGUUUUUUUAAGUGGCCUACAAGAUCUUGUGGGAGGAAAACACAUAAUCAGAGCCACGACAUUUUACUUCGUGUUUUCAAUUUUGUAAACAGUAGUUAGAACUGAGUGUUUCACAUGACUGUACAAGGGAAUGCCAAGGGUCAAGUGCUUAGAAAGCUUUGCCUUUUUGAACUUGUAACAGGAUACGUAGGUUGGGAAUUUGUAUGUUUCUGCAUUUUCAACAUCCUGAUGGCAGAAUGCCCAAGUGCCCCAGGAUGGGGAUGCAGACAUGUGCUGCACAGGGUUUCAAGUAGAAACUUUGGGAGACUGGCAUGACAGUUUAUUUCUAAUGUCCAGAGAAACUCUGUAGGUUUCAAGAAAGCCUUAAAUCAAGCAUUGCUUUGUUUUUCUCACACCUGGUUUUGACUCAUUCCACACCUGUUCAAUAAUGUGAUUUUUUUUAAGUUGGAAUUUAUUUUGGAUAUAAGCCAUGCCAGCUUUCCCGUUAUCCGGUCUCCAGUACCUUACAGUGCCGAAGCAUACAGUCGUUUGCCCAGACUUCUUCAGAGCCACAGUUGUCAGCUUUGAAACUGCUCCAGCAGCUUAAAGCUUCCAGGGUUUUGCUGAGCAGAGCUGCACCCUGCAGCUGUGCUUUUGCCAAAGAAGCAUCAGUGUGAAGGCAAGAUUUUUGGAAAGCUAUGGGAAAUAAUGUCUCGUGACUUACACUGUAGCUUUAUUUUUCCUCUUAUCCAAUUCAUGUCCAGGUGCUGAGAUGUCACUGGACAUCCGUGCAGACUUAAAGCAAGGAGAAUUAACUUUCAGAGAGAAUUGUUCAGCUUGUCAUACACAAGCUGGAAAAUAUUUACUAAGAACAUAUGGAUUCAUUGUCUGCUUUUGGUUUACCACCAGCGUAUGGUGUUCAGUCUCAUAUAUGCCAUGUUUGAAAACUGGAUGCAAAGUAGUCAAAAUGUAAACACUUUUUCUUAAUGUUAUGGGGAUUUAAACUUUUUCAAGGUUCUUAAUGUCUCAAGGGAACUUUUUGGUGUGUAUGUGUGGUUUUUCUUUAUUAAGCUGUAGCCCAGUGAAGUGGAGGUUUGCUACUUUAUUUAAUAUUUUUUGCGAGUGUUGUGAUCUGUAGUAAAUGUAAGGAUGUAGUAAAUGUAGUAAAUUCUAAGAAUCAGUAAAGAUUUCAGCAUUUUAAUUAUAAAAUAGUCAAGAGCUUUGCCUUUUUAAAGCAUGUUACUGGUUUUUAUGGAUGCUUCCUUUUGUAUACUGAGUGAAUGUAUUGUUACAGAUUUCAUGUUUAAUGGACCAAUAAAGUUUUUCUUACAUUUGAAA